CUCACACCUCCACGUUGCGAUGCGUGACAGGGUCUCUGUUUCUCUUCAGAUCGACAAACGAUUGCAAAAAGUCAAAGGGCGAGAAGCUCUUGUUGUUGCCAUGCCCUUGUGUAUGCUCAGGCGGAUUUGGCGCCGAGAUGUUGUGCACAAGGUUGGAAAGCAAGAUGGGAGAGAGGGCGCCGAGUUUUUUGGCAGCUUGGCCUACGGCAUUAUCUUGUGAGAGACCGUUUGUGCUUUGUGGUACUGUAAGUCUUGGGGUGUCGAGGGUUUUGGGCUUGGAAUGGUCAGCAUAUAUGGGGGCAACUGCGUCCUUUGUUUGUGAGGAAGGUCGUUUUGCUACGCUACGCUGUGCUGGAAUCUGUUUCUAUCCUCAGUUGCUGUAUUCUUGUUCACCCUUGGCUUCACAGCAGCACUUGACGAUCAAGGAGUUAUGGACCCCAAUGUCAAGUAUUUGACGGAUGAGGAGAUUGACCAGUUCUUGAAAGAACUCGACACUGAUAAUGAUGGACUGAUCGAAUACUAUGAGGUAGAGGCGAAACUAGACGAAGUAACACGAGAGAUUGCACCCGAGCCGGCAGAACACAAUCUUCAUCAUGAGGAUCGCUCUGACAAACGACAUCAAUUCCUACGAGGCUUCAUGGGCACAAACGAAAACCACGUUCCAAUCACUGAAUUCAAGCGAAUAGUACAGUCAUGGCAAAUUCCAUCCAUGGAGCAAGAGAAGAAAGAGGAGGACGAACAAGCAGACUUUGUCAAGAAAAUGUCCUACGCACGACGAGCACGCGCGUACUGGGAAGUCCAUGGACCAGAAUAUGGCUUUCUUGCCAUUGUUGUCUCCAUGCAACUUGCCUUCGGUAUCUGGCAGCUGGUCAAGUACCUCACAACAUCGCCUUACCGGGAGACUUUUGGCUGGGGUGUUGUGCUGGCCAAGACAUCUGCUGGAGUGCUGUAUCCGACCAUGUUCUUCUUGGUACUUUCCAUGUGUCGCUGGUUGAGUACUGCUCUUCGCCGCUUCUACUGGAUUUCAAGAUUCGUCAAUUGGGACCUCUCGCAGGCGUUCCAUAUCAAGAUGUCGAUUGUCGCAUUGGUCUUUGCCUCUCUUCACGCCAUUGGUCAUCUUACCGGAAGCAUGCUUUAUGCUAGUAGACCUGCCCAACAGGAUGAAGUGGCUGCUUUCCUCGGUCCGGGUGCGGUACCGCGACCUUAUGUUGCUUGGAUAAGGUCUCUCCCUGGCUGGACUGGCCUCGUCAUCUUUGGCUUGUUCUGGAUCAUCGGUGCGACAAGUCUGCCUGUGGUUCGCCGUAAAUCAUACGAAGUCUUCCAGCUUGGACACUUGCUGAUGUUUCCCAUCUUCGCUUUCCUCAUGGCUCACGGUACUGUCGGCUACCUUCAAUGGCCCAUGAUGGGCUACUUUUUGGCAUUCCCAGUGCUCUUAGUCCUGGUAGAGCGAAUCGUCAGGACUUGCAAUGGAUUCUCGCCUCUUUCGGCGUACUUGGAGGUACUUGACAAGGAGACUGUGUGUAUCACCGUUAUGAUGCCUGCGUCUCGCAACUUUGACUACCGCGCUGGUCAAUACGUCUUGCUGCAGGUACCAGAACUUAGUCGCUGGCAAUGGCAUCCCUUCACCAUCUCGACAUGCAUUGGCAACGAACUACAGCUGCACAUCAAGACAGAUGGUAACUGGACAGGCAAGCUCCGCAAAUUAGGUACUUCUCAAGAACCCACCAAGGUCAAAAUCGGCAUCGACGGACCUUACGGAGCUCCCGCCCAACGCUUCUACGACUUCGACCAGACCAUCAUCGUCGGCGCUGGCAUUGGCGUCACACCUUUCUCAGGUAUCCUCACAGACUUACAGAUGAGAGAAGAGCAACGUCUCGGCACCAAAAAAUGGCGUCCAUCUCCAUACCAAAAAGCCGCAGACUCACGCCGCACUUCCCGCCAACUGAGUCGCCAAACCACCGAAAUCGCCAGUGACGGCGAAAAGACAGAAGCCUCCACACCAAUCUCCGAAGAACCUACCACGAUACUAAAAAAGCACGAACUACCCCACCAAGCACAAAGCUCAAACACCACAGACAUGUCCUCCUACGACCUCGCCACCUACAAACGCGUAGACUUCCACUGGAUGGUACGAGACAGAAAUAACCUCCUCUGGUUCUCCGACCUCUUGAAUUACAUCUACGCCACCUCAUCCCAAGACCGCACUGCCCACCACACAAACAUAGAUUUCCGCAUCACCACCCAUGUGACCCAAAAACGUAAAGGCAUCUCCACACACGUAUUCCGCUGGCUACUCGAAAAACACCGUACCCCUGAACACCCAGAGUCUCCGAUUACUGGCCUCAUCAAUCCUACGCAUUUCGGACGUCCGGAUAUGAAAAUGAUUAUGGAUACGCAUUACGAGGACAUGUGCACUUUGCUGGCUGAAAAGAAGAAAAUGUGCCCAGGGGAUAAGAAGAAGAGUGAAGAGUUGAGGGAUGGAUUUAAAGUGGGUGUUUUCUUUUGUGGUGCGCCGGUUGUGGGUUAUCAAUUGGCGGAUAGGUGUAGAGCAUUGACUGCGAGGGGGAGGGAGGACAAGACGUUUAUCGAGUAUCAUUUCAUGAUGGAAGUAUUUGGUUAGAUAUUUUUCUUUUUUUGAAACGAUUGUGGUUUUUUUUUUACUUCCAACAGUUCAAACUGCUGAUUUGAAGGGGGAAAAAUGAUUCUUUUUGAUACAAAAGAUUUCAUUGUCAACUGAUAGCGUUGAUUACUUCUUGUAGUGUCUUGUUUAAUUCGAGUUCGAGCCUUUUGAUGUCCUGGCUCAUGUUAUCGUGCAGUAGCAUAUGUUCUCUCUAGCAGACUGGCCACACUAGUCGAGAAAUUGGCAAUCAAUUGCUUGAUCAAAUGCGUCAUCAAAAAUAUCUGGGACCAUGGCGACAUCAGUGAUUGUAC